AUGGCCACCACCUCCAACAACUCAGCCGAAGCCUCCGACCCCUCCUACAUCGACUACGAGCUCUUCCUCGAUCCCUCCUUCUCCGCCCCCGCCUUCGCCAACACCCUCGUCCUCACCACCAACAACGCGACCGACUCCCCCCUCGACCUCUCCACCCCCCUCUCCAGCGUCCCUCUUCGACAUCCAAGAACACACGCCUCAGAACACAUCGUCAGCGAACUCUCCUCCCAAGCAGCCUCCCUAAACGACUCCUACAAACGCCUCGAGCAGGAAGUCAUCUCGCGCCACGAAGCCGCUGAAGAAGUCCAACGCGUCUCCGAGCGCCUAUGGCACACUGUCCGCCUAGGUCGCUCUGUCGGCCGCGCCCUCCAACUAGGUCGCCAGCUCGAAGUCCAGAUGUCCGAGCAGCAGCCCCGUAACGCCCAGUCCCGCGAUGACCACCGCUCCACUGUCCGCGCUUCAAACACAAUUCUCUCCUGUCGCGCGCUGCUAGCCGCUAAUGGCCCCGGCGAAGAGGGGGAGAACCUAGAGAAAGUCCACGCCAUCGCCGCCUUACAGCGCGAACUGAUCGCACCAGCUGAACGAUCACUUCACGCCAAAGCCCAGCAAGUCGUGCGGGAUUUCUCCAUGUCAACACUCACCGGCUCCGGCAGCACCUACGCACAAGCUGAGGACGCAAAAGGGAAGAGCAUAAGAUUCGAAGCAGAGUGGAUGGUACAAUCCAUCCAAGAGUACCUCCGCGUCGCCCUCACCACCUCCACAACCUCCAUAAUCCGCGCCCUCGGCGUCCUCCGCACCCUCGACGACGCACUCCUCCUCGUCUCCUCCCGGUGCCAAAACCUCGUCGCCCUCGAACUCCUGCUCUCCUCCCUCAAAGCCCCCACCCUCCCCUCGCUCUCCACGCCACCAAAUUUCCUCGUCCCGGUACUAGCAGCGCUAGAGACGAAUAGUCUCACCAGCUAUUUUUGGCGUAGCCUUGCAUCGGCGCUGUCGCCGCGCGUGCAGGAGCUGGUUAAGGCGGGGGGCAUGCAGGCGAGGACGCUGAAGAGUAAUAGGAAUGCGGUUAGGGAUAUGGUGGCGGAGGCGGUGGCGAGGGGGUGUCAGGUUCCGAGUGGGGCGGGGAAGAUGAGAGAUGAGAGGCGGAUGGCGGAGUGGGAGAGGGAGGUUGCUGUUAUGGUUGGGGCGGUGGUUGGGGGGCUGGGGAGGUAG